AUGGCCGUUCCUGCCGCCUCAUCGAUAGUUUCAUACGGAGGAGCAGCCACUUCCAACUUCCUAACCACUCCCGUCACUCCGUUUUUGGCGGUGAGAGAGCCAAUGGGAAUGGGAUGAUAUGAGCAAGGAAUGAUUUAUUUCAGGGAUUUUAUAGCUCGAAUUUUGUGACCGACAGAAUCAACUCAUGCGCACCGUACCGAGUGGAGAGGAUCAGAGUGAGUUGGAGGAAGAGUACGGUAGUUAGACAGGGACUGUUGGUUUCAGAAGAGUCUGCAAGAAGAAGAAGAAGAAGGAUUUCCGCCGAGCGAUGAGUGAGUCUUCGUCUUUCCUCUUUUCACCUCCAGAAUUCUUUGCAGUCGUCGUCGCGGAGCCCUCUUCUGCCGCUCGGGCACCUGGCUUGAACUGCUGCCUUUCGAAAGCGAAGAAGACGGUUCGACGCAAGUGAAAGUGCAUGGGACGAAGGACGAGAACUCCAAGUUCAGCAUAGUUGAGUUCAUUUCGGUGGCGAUGAGUCUCGUUUCGAUUCGGGGCGUCGAGACGAAAAACUUUAUUUGUAUGGAUCCUUCUGGAAGGUUGUACGCGACGGUGAGUACCUGAAAGCAUCUGAGACUGACCGCGUGAAGAAUGCAUUUCAGCCGUCAUCGAACUAUUCGACCGAAUGUGUGUUCGUCGAGGAAAUGAUGGAGAACUACUACAAUUUGUAUUCUUCUUGUGCUUAUGGAAACAGAAACAAUCCCUGGUUAGUGUUCUCAAUAGAGCGAACUUCCAAUCAGAUGUUCUCUCAGGUAUAUCGAAAUUCGGCGGAGUGGAAAGCCCCGGAAAGGUCCGAACUCUAAAAAGCGACGGAAAGUAAGUGGAAUACACAGAAAUGACCAAAAAUUUUGUGUUUUUUCUUUCAGGCAAGUCACUUUCUCGUUGUGCGCCAUGAGUUGGAUCGUCAGCGGCAUCCGAUCCAUCCGAAUGGAAAUGUAAAUAUUCCAUUUCAUUUCACAACUAAACUAAUUUCUUUGCAGGAUGUCACGGAUCUCGUGGUCGCUUCCCUCUUCCAUCAGCCUCCCAGCCAUCCGUUAUUCCGUCCGCAGAACCCCACAAAACCUCCGAAUCCACAUCGUAUUUCCAAGUGAGUUUCGGUCAUUGGCAUCCGGGAGUACCUGCGCAUUUUCAGUCUACGAGCCAAGGUGGAGGUGGCGAUGGAUGCGGCCGAGAAGGCGCGAUUGUUGGCAGAAAAGAAGAGACGAAGAGAGAAAAAGAAGAAGAGAAGAGAAGACCGAUUGAGGAAGGAGGAGCAGCGGAGAGAGUGAGUUCGGAGUGAGAAUCACUCACAGUCGUGUUAUAACAUCACUUUCAGAGCUCGUCGACAAGAACUCAAAGAGCUGCGGGAAGAGGAGCUCCGCCGGCGGGACGAAGUGCUCAAACGGUAUCAGGAACUGAGCUCGACCAACCGAUGGCGGACCACUCCGCCCACAGUCCAUCCGCCAAGAGCACAGCACUACCCCAAUCAUCGCGAUCCGGCCAGAGCACCUCAGCCGACGUAUCCUCCGUACAAUCCGUACUGGAGGUCCGUCACUCCAUCCCCGUCUUCUGCUCCGUCGUAUCGUCAUCAGCACGAGAGACAACAGCCUCAUGCAUCGCAAGAUCUUCAUUACAAUCAACAGCACUAUCCUCCGGCUCAAACGGUCUCCAAUCCGAACCGGCAGAAUGUCGACUACCAACGAUACCCGUAA